AUGUCAGGUUUACGUGCCACGGCUACCGUCGGUACCGCCAACCCGCUUCUGGACCACAUUGUGAUCCUAGUUGGCCAUCAUGCCCUCACCAGUAUCGAUGAACGACUCGACGGGCUCUUCACCGUCGCGCCGGGCGGCCGCCACGCCGAUGGCUUGACUUGGAACCGUCUGAUCCUUUUUGAAGACGGCUCCUAUAUUGAGCUGAUUGCCUUUUUCGAAACCAUUGACCCCGAACAGCGCAAGAAGCAUCGCUGGGGCUCGCUCCGGGACGGCACCAUCGUCGACUGGGCCUGCUCGCUGCACUUGGAGAAAGACUUCAAGCAUAUUCAGGAGCAGGUCUCGGGUGCGGAGACGGGGUAUGCGUACAGCGACCCGGUGCCGAGCGGCCGCGAACGGCCGGACGGGACGGUGCUGAACUGGUCCAUUGGCGCGGCGAUGAGCCCAGACGGAACGCCGGUGUUCCCGGGGACCCUGCCGUUCUGGUGCUUAGAUAGGACGCCCCGAGAGCUUCGCGUUCCGUACGAGAGCUCGCCAGAGUUGACGAGUCAUCCCUCGGGUGCCAGGGGCGUAUCGCGCAUUCUGAUUGAGGCGCCGGUCGGCGACAGCUCACAUCUCAAAGAUGUCUACACGGCAAUAUACGAUCCGAAGUCUGCCAGGAUCAACAAGGAUGAAUGGCUGUUUCAUGUGCCAUCCGGGGCGCGAAUUGGCAGACAAACAAUAUCGAUGGCAGGCGGGUCUGGAGAGCAGGUUAUCAAGCUAGCAUUAGCAGGUGGAAAGAACAGUCCGUCGUCCGUGGAACUACUUCCAGGGCUCAUUGUCAAGAUCGAAAACUGA